GCGGAGCCGGAUACGGGCGGCGCCGCGGCCGCCGCGGCCCUGGGGAUGGGCGGAGCCCCGGCCGCCAGUGCUGGUGGCCGCUGCGAGCGGCCGCCUCUGCUCCCGCGCGUUGCUGCUACCCAGGGUGGCGGUAUGCUGGGGAAAGGGGUAGUCGGCGGUGGCGGCGGCACCAAGGCGCCGAAGCCCUCCUUCGUGUCGUACGUGCGCCCCGAGGAAAUUCACACAAAUGAAAAGGAAGCAACCGAGAAGGAAGUAACUCUUCACUUGUUGCCAGGUGAACAACUGCUGUGUGAAGCCAACACAGUCCUGAAGUGUGUCCAGGAAGAUUCCUGUCAGCGUGGAAUCUACGGGAGGCUUGUCUGCACAGACUUCAAGAUUGCUUUCUUGGGCGACGAUGAAUCUGCCCCGGAUAAUGAUGAAACGCAGUUUAAGAAUAAGGUCAUAGGAGAAAAUGACAUUACCCUCCACUGUGUUGAUCAGAUUUAUGGAGUGUUUGAUGAGAAAAAAAAGACUCUCUUUGGACAGCUGAAGAAGUACCCUGAGAAGCUCGUCAUCCACUGUAAAGACCUCCGGGUAUUCCACUUCUGUCUGAGGUACACAAAAGAAGAGGAAGUCAAAAGGAUUGUCAGUGGCAUAAUUCAUCAUACCCAGGCCCCUAAACUGCUUAAACGAUUGUUUCUGUUUUCCUACGCGACCGCAGCACGAAACAAUCCAGCUACGGACCCCAAGAAGCACGCCAUAAUGUUUGACACACUUCAGGACUGGUUUCGGGAGCUGGAGCGGACCAAAGGCAACAUGAAGUACAAGGCAGUGAGUGUCAAUGAAGGCUAUAAAGUCUGUGAAAGGUUGCCGGCAUACUUUGUCGUCCCCGCCCCUCUUCUCGAAGAGGACAUAGCGUUCUUCCAGGGUCGUGGCAUACCAAUAUGGUGUUGGUCCUGCCACAACGGAUGCGCCCUCUUGAAAAUGUCGGCCCUGCCCAAAGAACAGGAUGACGGCAUGUUGCAGAUCCAGAAGAACUUCGUGGAUAGGAUUUACAAGACUGUCCACAGGCCCCCCUAUGAGACUGCUAAAACUGAAGACCUCUCAAGCAACUUCCUGUCCCUGCAGGAAAUCCAGAUGGCUUACUCUAAGUUCAAACAGCUGUUUCUGAUAGAUAACAGUACUGAAUUUUGGGACACAGACAUCAAAUGGUUUUCCCUGCUGGAAAGUAGCAGCUGGCUGGACAUAAUCAGGCGCUGCCUGAAAAAAGCAGUAGAGAUUAUAGAAUGUCUAGAAGCCCAAAACAUGAACGUUCUUCUUUUAGAGGACAACGCCUCCGACCUCUGCUGCCUCAUUUCUUCUCUGGUGCAAGUGAUGAUGGACCCCCACUGUCGAACCAUUUUCGGUUUCCAGAGCCUUGUCCAAAAGGAGUGGAUCAUGGGUGGGCACUGCUUCCUGGACCGCUGCAACCACCUCCGUCAGAGCGACAAGGAGGAGGCACCCUUGUUCCUGCUCUUCUUGGACUGCGUGUGGCAGCUGGUGCACCAGCACCCCCCAGCGUUCGAGUUCACGGAGACGUACCUGACCGUUUUGUCGGACAGCCUGUACAUACCUAUUUUUAGCACUUUCUUCUUCAAUUCGCCUCAUCAAAAAGAUACGAACGUGGGCAGGGAGAGCCAGGACUCACAAAGCAAGCCUUUGAAUCUGCUCACCGUGUGGGACUGGUCCGUGCAGUUUGAACCCAAAGCCCAGACGUUGCUCACAAACCCUCUUUACAUGGAGAAGCCAAAACUGGAGAAAGCCCAGCGGAAAGGAACGCAUUUCAAACAUCAAAGACAACUUUCUCUGCCCCUCACCCAAUCGAAAUCAUCUCCCAAAAGAGGAUUUUUCAGGGAAGAAACAGAUCACUUAAUUAAAAACCUGCUAGGCAAGAGAAUCAGCAAACUGAUCAACUCCUCAGAGGAGCUGCAGGACGGCUUCCGAGAGUUCUAUGACGGCUGGCACAGCAGGCCGCCCAGCUACCAGGGGCUGCUGCUGCCUCACCUUGAGGGCCCAGAGAUCAAAGUCUGGGCCCAGCGCUACUUGCGCUGGAUUCCAGAGGCCCAGAUCCUGGGUGGCGGCGGAGUGGCCACCAUGAGCAAACUCUUGGAGAUGAUGGAGGAAGUCCAGCGCCUACAGGAGAAAAUUGAGGCGAGACACCACAGCCAGGAGGCCCUCCAGGCAGAGGCUGCCUCGCCACCGAGGACCUCGGGCCGCCUGUCCUCCUUGUUCCCUUUCGCGCUGCUGCAGCGCCAUCCCUCCAAACCUGUCCUGCCCACCAGCGGGUGGAAAGCCCUGGGAGAUGAAGACGACUUGGCCAAGCGAGAAGACGAGUUUGUGGACCUAGGGGACGUGUGACUGGCCUGCUCGGUGGCGGUGAGAGAGGACCCUCGCAGGCUGGGACAGGAGGUUGGACAUGUCUGCUCUCCACGUCGGUGUGGAGGGCAAGCCUGGGUCUUCUGGAAAAGAGCUGGUUCUCAUUUCUCCCCGCCCCCAGUUCUGGAAGACUAUGCAGUUGACCACCCGUAUUUGAGUAUUAUUGAAAGGAGUUAGUGCGUGACCUGUGAAACAGCUGUGGCCGGCGUCCUCUGCGUUAGUAUCACUCGGACCCCAUGGUAGCUCCUUUACUACUUAGAAAGGGCUUUGGUUAGCUGUGCUUGGACGCUGUACGGUCCUCACAUCUUUCCUGUGCCAGCGUGCUUUAUCCAGUCGUCAGGAGUAGCGUCUCUAGCCCAUCCUGGUUCAGAGCAAGUUCAGCUUUACAUGGUGUGUGUGUGUGUGUAUGUGUGUGUAUAUGUGUGUGUGUGUUGGAUUAACAGAUUCAGACAGCGUUGUUAAGAUGUGUGGCCUUCAUUUCCAAACCGUAGCAGUUUUCCUGUGUCCUCUUGCCAUGCGUGUCACCAUCCUGACGUUUCCGACCACCCUCAGACUGUGUCACUUUAUGUGGGGGUGGGGGGCUGGCUCGUGGGCCGACAGCUCCAGGUCCCCCCCACCCUGCCCCCCCACCAGCUGUGCACCGCUUCCACCAUCCCUUCACACUCCCCGCCUUGGUGUACCUCGUCCUGGGAUCUUGCUGCUAAGCCUGUGGGUCAAACUGGGGGAAAUCUCUUAGGUUUGCCCAGAGGCGCCUCCAUUCUUCCGGAGGCACGCAGUGUUUGAAAGAGGUUGCUUCGCCUUUUUCCAACAGCAUGCCGAGGCUUCAGAGCGUCUGUGACCGCCGUCCUCAGGCGGUGUCCCCAGUUUCUGCUACCUUACAGCCUCAUGAAGAUCACUGUUGAACAUGGCUAUCAUAGGGAAGCGGUCAAGCAUAAGUUUCAGAAGUGAUGGUGACCACAUAGUACCUCAGUGAUUUAAAAAGCCAUAGAAGAAACUUGACUAUGCCUGGUAACCUUCCUGGAUCUGCUGUUUAAAUGAUCUAUAGUUUUUAAGUGCCGGAAAAGCACACUUAAGUGAGGACCCGUUUUUUCAUUCUCCGUGGAAACCUGUUCAGUUCCACAAAAGGAAGUGGGAAAAAUGAUCGAUCUCACGUCAGAAUGUUCCCUAUCAGAAGUUUGCCUUUUAUACCUGUUUGCUCUCCAGUAUGGAUUCCAAUUUGAACAUUACCUGUUUAGAAAAGCUUUCAGUUGCUGAAGGGCAAUAAGAAAAUUUGAAACUGUUGACAAAGAGGAGUUUCUGGGUUUGCACUGAAUCGUCUUUUGUACACCACAAGAAAUUGCUUUGCAAUCCUCCUCAUGCCAUAUUGAUGCUCAAGCCUUGUUGGUCUGUUCCGACGAUGGAGAUUGAGGGGAGGGCAGGAUUUAUGCAUCUGGGGCCAAACACAUGCCCAGUCUUGGUUGCCUUAAGAGUCUCACUAGUAAGGUCAGUGUAGGCUUGCAGUGGGGACUAUAAAAUGACCCUAAUUCAUUGGUUAUGUUCUGUGGGCCUUCUUAAAUUAGCACGAACCUCCUUUCCUGGCCCCACUGCCUCCCAGAUACACUGUGGAGUUAACUAGUUUUGUUACCAUAUUAUAAUGGGAAUAUUUAUACAGUAGCCUCUUCAGUCUUAAGAUCUUAGUAAUUUUCAUUCCAAAAAUGCCCGGUGUGAUGCUUUACACUCCAUAAAGUAUGGUUUAAAGGCACAAGGUCAUGGCCCCUGUCAUAGCAGUUGAAUGUGCAUUGAAAUAUUUUUCUAUGAUUUUUUAAAAGUAAAAUUACAAUAGAAGAAUAAGCUGUUUUAACAUGUAAGGUCAUGACAGUUUAUGUAUUUAUAUCUGAAAUGAGAUUUCUAUAAACUUGUAUUUGUGUACAGGAUUCUCAGUGGAUUUAUAUAUUGUGACAUUUUUAUUCAAGAUUGAGAUAUGGAUUAUGGUUAACAGUAAAAGCUAAAAUGAGAUCAUUUACUUUGUCUAAAAUGCUGCACUGUGCACGUUUGGAAAUGUAUAUUAAUUUCCUGUAUAUAAUAUCUUGAGUUUGUUUAUACCUCCAGGUUUUUACACUGAAGAUAAAUUAGCUUUAAUUACAUUAGAAACUUUUUUUUUUUUUUAAGGGAAUAAGCUGUUGGGCUAAAUCUGUAUAAAUGUGCUUUUUAUUUUCUGGAUGUUCAAUGAAAGUUUAUACUUGUAUUUCACUGCAUCGUAUCUGAUUGCAGAAAUUAAAGCACAAUUUACUGUA